ACGUCAGCGCGCGCCUGAUCCCUGGUGCAGGCUCCGCCCCUUCUCCCUGCUCCGCCCCGCCCCCGGCCUCUCCUACCGCUCGGCCUCGGGGCGCUCAGCAACUGAGCAUCCGCGUUCCACCGCCAUGGAGAUUCCUGGGAGUCUGUGCAAGAAAGUCAAGCUGAGCAAUAACGCACAGAACUGGGGGAUGCAGAGAGCAACCAACGUCACCUAUCAAGCCCACCAUGUCAGCCGGAAUAAGAGAGGUCAGGUGGUGGGGACCAGAGGUGGCUUCCGUGGUUGCACAGUUUGGCUGACAGGAUUGUCUGGAGCAGGGAAGACGACCGUGAGCAUGGCUCUGGAGGAGUACCUGGUUUGCCAUGGCAUUCCCUGCUACACUUUGGAUGGCGACAACAUCCGUCAAGGCCUCAAUAAGAACCUUGGCUUUAGUCCUGAGGACAGAGAGGAGAAUGUUCGCCGCAUAGCAGAGGUGGCAAAGCUGUUCGCAGACGCUGGCCUCGUGUGCAUCACAAGCUUCAUAUCGCCCUACACGCAGGACCGCAACAAUGCUCGGCAGAUUCAUGAGGGUGCGAGCUUACCCUUCUUCGAGGUUUUUGUCGACGCUCCUCUGCAUGUUUGUGAACAGAGGGACGUCAAAGGACUCUACAAGAAAGCACGGGCCGGAGAAAUAAAAGGCUUCACUGGGAUCGACUCUGAGUAUGAGAAACCAGAGGCCCCGGAGCUGGUGCUGAAAACGGAUUCUUGUGAUGUCAACGACUGUGUCCAGCAGGUCGUGGAGCUUCUGCAGGAACGGGACAUUGUCCCUGUGGACGCCUCCUAUGAAGUGAAAGAGCUGUAUGUGCCGGAGAACAAACUUCACUUGGCCAAAACUGAUGCAGAAGCCUUACCAGCACUGAAAAUCAACAAAGUGGACAUGCAGUGGGUGCAGGUUCUGGCAGAAGGCUGGGCGACUCCUCUGAACGGCUUCAUGAGGGAGAGGGAAUACUUGCAGUGCCUUCAUUUUGACUGUCUUCUGGAUGGAGGCGUCAUCAACUUAUCCGUGCCUAUAGUCCUGACAGCUACACAGGAGGACAAGGACAGGCUGGAUGGCUGCACAGCGUUCGCUCUGGUGUAUGAGGGCCGCCGCGUGGCCAUCCUCCGGAAUCCGGAAUUUUUUGAGCACCGGAAAGAGGAGCGUUGCGCCCGACAGUGGGGAACAACGUGCAGGAGCCACCCCUACAUCAAGAUGGUUCUGGAACAAGGGGAUUGGCUGAUUGGAGGAGAUCUUCAAGUCCUGGACCGGAUUUACUGGAACGAUGGCCUUGAUCAGUACCGUCUUACCCCUGCGGAGCUCAAGCAGAAGUUUAAAGAUAUGAAUGCUGAUGCUGUCUUUGCGUUUCAGUUGCGCAACCCAGUGCACAACGGACACGCUCUGCUAAUGCAGGACACCCACAGGCAGCUUCUAGAGAGGGGCUACCGGCGCCCCGUCCUCCUCCUCCAUCCGCUUGGUGGCUGGACGAAGGAUGAUGAUGUCCCUCUGAUGUGGCGAAUGAAGCAGCAUGCUGCAGUGCUGGAGGAGGGCAUCCUGAACCCUGAAACAACUGUGGUGGCCAUUUUCCCGUCUCCUAUGAUGUAUGCUGGGCCGACCGAGGUCCAGUGGCACUGCAGGGCGCGGAUGGUGGCGGGGGCCAAUUUUUACAUUGUUGGACGAGACCCUGCCGGCAUGCCUCAUCCGGAGACAGGGAAGGACCUCUAUGAGCCAACCCACGGUGCCAAAGUGCUGACGAUGGCCCCCGGCCUGAUCACCUUGGAAAUCGUUCCCUUCCGAGUUGCAGCUUACAACAACAAAAAGAAGCGGAUGGAUUACUAUGACUCCGAUCACCACGAAGACUUCGAGUUUAUUUCAGGAACCAGGAUGCGCAAACUGGCACGUGAAGGCCAGAAACCUCCCGAGGGCUUCAUGGCCGCCAAGGCGUGGACUGUGCUGGUGGAGUACUACAAGUCCUUAGAGAAAGCCUAACUUCCUGAGCCGGGCACUCUGCCAGGGACGCAGGGCUGAGCAACACAGGGGACCACGCAGUCACUGACAGCACUUCUCUGUGGGUGUCUGUCUGGACACACUUCCUGAAAUCAGGCCGUUUCCCUCCAUGUGCAUCAGCUUUGGUUUGCCUUUGAGUUCUGUUUUGAACUAGUGUAACACCGCUCUGGUUCUAAUGUAUCUUUUCCACUUAUUGUUAAUAUUCUUAUAAUACGAUUUUAAAAAAUCUCGCCUUUUUAUAUUGUAUUUAUGCUUCUGUCUUAGGAUUUUCCAAGCUGAUUUAUUAGUUAUAACCAGUAAUACACACAUCAUCUAGCUUCUCGUCCUUUAAGAAAGGGGGAAAAUCACUAAACAGUAAAGUUGGCUAGACCUCGUUCGAGGAGUUUUACAAAUUUUACAAACUAUCUGUAGCGAUUAGGUUUUUUUAUUUUACAUCAUAAAUGUAAACCGUUCCCUCUCUCCCUGUACCCCUACAUGCUGAGGUAUUCUUGCAAUCUGUGUUAAGUACUGAAUGAAUGCCUUGAUUCAAUAAAAUUAAUUUUUGGCUUAUUUA